CCACGAAGUUGGCAGUGAAAUCAGUGAAUACUGAGUAGGUAGAAAAAAGAAACUUUCAUUUCAAGGAAUUUGAGCUAGCGAUCGAAUUCCUAUACAAAAAUGUCUACGAAUUCAAUAGAAAGCGAGAAUGAGAAAAACGACCUAAAGACUGAAAACGAUGUAGAUAUCGCGAUGGACUUCUCGAUAAAACACCCGCUUCAAAACUGUUGGACACUUUGGUAUUACGAAAAUGACAGAAGCCAGACUUGGGAGAAGAACCAGAAAGAAAUCGCGUCUUUCCAAACGGUUGAGGACUUCUGGAGUCUGUAUAAUCACAUAAAACCAGCAAGUGAGCUCCGACAAGGUAAUGAUUAUUCAUUAUUUAAAAGAGGAAUUCGACCCAUGUGGGAAGAUGAAGCCAAUAAGCGUGGAGGUCGCUGGCUUAUCAAUUUAGAGAAGAAACAAAGAAGUAACGAACUUGAUCGGUACUGGUUAGAUAUUAUACUAUGUUUGAUUGGUGAAGCUUUUGAACAUUCAGAUGAAAUAUGUGGAGCAGUAGUCAAUAUUAGAGGAAAGGGUGACAAAAUAGGUGUUUGGACUUCUGACGCGAACAAAACUGGUGCCGUUUUAGAAAUUGGAAAGAAAUUGAAAGAACGGUUGCAUAUACCACAGAGAACAGUUUUAGGGUAUCAAGUCCAUAAGGAUACCCAGGACAAGUCGGGUUCUGUUACUAAGAAUUCUUACACAGUUUAACUGUUAAAGUUAGAAUAACUGUUAAAUAUGUUUUGAUUUCAAAUUUUCUGAUACAUUUUGUAUUAGUACUUUAGUUCACUUGGUUUCAUUGAAUAUAUUUAUUUAAUUUUUUAUUUUACAUUACGCUUGUAUUCUAAUUUCUCAUUUUCUAUGAAAUAUUAAAUAGCUGUAACUUUGUUGUGUUUGUAUAUAAUAUAUUAUCAAAAAUUUCAUACACCAA